AUGAGUAGUAGUAACACCGAUGAGGUAAUGGCUGACGCCCCUGCCCCAGAAACACCAGCACCUGUGAUUGACCCGGCGGAGCAGGCCAAGAAAGCUGCACUAGUAUCAUACCGAAGGAAGCUCCUAGAACACCGAGAGUUAGAGGCAAAAGUUAAGCAUUCUCGUAAGCAACUUGCGAAAUUAGAUAAGGAUUACGAUAAAAGUGAGGAUGAUUUGAAGGCAUUGCAGAGUGUGGGGCAGAUCAUUGGAGAGGUGCUUAAACAGUUGGACGAGGAGAGGUUCAUUGUCAAGGCUAGCAGCGGGCCUCGAUACGUUGUAGGAUGUAGAAGACAGGUCAGUGCAAGUAUACACGUGUAUGCGACAAUCAACUGGAGAUGGUAA